AUGGAUGCCAGACUCCAAUGGAUGAGCUGUCGACUCCCAACUCCUCCAUUGCAGCUUCAGCGUUUGACUGACAAGAAGCAAAAGAGUACAGUAAGUCCUGCCAUCGAGGGACUCAUCCCUGGCGCGCACUCGGUCCUGGACUGGUCACAAUCCCGAAGCCAGCUCGAGGCCUGGAGGGCAGGCCAGCAUCGGAAGCUCCAUUACCCCAGCAACUCGGUGGCCGUCCACAUGACGCUCGGCUUCGGCGAGACGUUCGUCUACCUCAAUCUCCUGUACUACGUGAGCACCCUCAUGCUUCACCGCGAGUACUUCCCCUUCCUGCCGACCCCGGAGUCGGAGCCACGGGGUCCAGUCGACCAGCCCAUGCUGGGGGCGCCCGCCCCCGAGGGCUGGUGGGACGACAGCUCCCGACUCCUCUUCGGCGCGGCAGAGCACAUCGCCGCCAUUCUACACGAGGCCUCCGAGUGUGGCGUGCAUCUCAUGACGCCCUUUGCCGGGUUCUGCGCAUUCUCAGCCGGCUACCUCAACCUCUACGUGGCGAAAUACCCCCGAAUGAACCUGGGCCGCAGCCCGCGAGCAAGCGACUGUCUCAAAAUGUGUCUCGACUACCUGGAAAAGUUUCGACUUGUCUGGAAAAUCGCCGACGGAUGGGGCGGCACGCGCAAGAUCAAAACGAUACACCAUGCAUCCGUGCUCUACGAGCGAGCAACCGAGGACCGGACACGAUACCAGGGGCGCACACGAGCAGACUUUGAUACUCUACACCAGUCUGUCCACGAGUUCCGUGUCGUGGAUAGAUCCGACGCGCAUACUCGGGAGAUUCGGGGCGCGGAGCGGCCCUCGGCGCAGGCGACUUGGCCGGUUCAAGGGCACGAGCACGAGCACGAGCACGAGCACGAGCUCGACACUAAUACCUUGUUGAACCAGCUUUUCGCGGAAGUCAGCAAUAACCUCGACGAGCAGGGGGCCUGGUCUCAAUGGUGGCCGGCGAUUGAUCAGGUGGAUCUUUAA